GACGCCUGUUGUUUGUGCUACUAGUACAAAUGUGCCAUAGAUAUCUUAUUUUAUAAUUAUAUUCAUAAUUAUAUAAUAUAUUUUAUAUAAAAUGAUGCACUUGGAAACACUACCUGCACUAGAAGGUGCAAAAGUAAUUGUUAUAGAUGAAGGAUUAGAUGCAAUGCAUGCAAAAUCAUUGAUAGCUGGAUGGCUCUACACAUGGAAAGAAAAAGAUCCUAACUGUAGUAUCGAUUUGUUAUCAUUCUCUGAUCCAAAACUUUGGUAUACCAAUGAACCUGAACCGCUUACAUCCAAGAAUAUACACUUACAUGAUUAUUAUAGCAUAGAUAUAAAUGAAGUUACAAAGAAAGAUGUGGAAAAUCUUGAAUAUAUACUUAAAACUAUCAAGUUGAAACCUCAAAGUACAGUUAUUGUCAGUUGUUUGAGUUCCUUGGUUCUAUAUGCGGGCCUAGCAAAAGCUCUGUGGUUUAUUGAGAAAUUAAGUAAACAGGUAUCACAACUUGUCUGCAUUUAUCGAAGAGAUUUUAUACAAAAUAAAGUUCCUGCCAUUGAAACUUUGGGCACUACAUAUGUUAAGUUACACAAAUAUACUGGUAUUUGCCCUAUAAACAGUUUGAUCUAUAUUGUAGAACUUAUUCAUAGAAAAUUUGGCGGUUCUAUAAUAUCUCAAACAGAGAUUGUAAAACAGGACAUUGUAUCUUAUCAAAUUAGUGCUGAAAAGUUUACAACAGCAAGUGUUCGCAAGUUAGAUCAAGCAAGUACAAAUCCACCAAUGAAGAUUGAAUCAUCGUUUAGAAUAGAAAUGAAUGCUCGAGAGAUGGAGCAAAGAGAUAAAACACCUUUACCUUAUACUUUGAAUACAAUAAAUACAUCCAAGAUACUUUAUCAUCCAGACGAUAUGGACGAUAUAGAUGAAGAUGAUCCUGAUGAUGAUCUAUGUUUUUGAAUUUACUUUUCCAAAGUAAAUUUUUUUUUGUUAACAGAUUUAUAACAAAAUAAUUCAAAAUUACAUGGAUUACAAUUAUACAUUUUUUUAGACCAUAUCACUAAGGCAACAUCAGAAAAUCAUUACAACUGAAAUUUGACAAUAAAAAUUACAUUAUUUUAUUGGUGCAGUGUGUGUAUUUGUGAUUCAUGUAUAUAUAAGAUAUGUUUGAAAAUGAUUUCAUAUUAUUCCAUAUAUGUAAAGCAAUUGGAGAAUUAUCCUCAUAUAAAUUUUAAUACGCUUCUAGCUAUAAUAUAGAUCAUGCAGUUAAUGAAAUGAUCAAUUCUCCUCUUUAGUUACUAGAAAAGUAAGGUAUUUUAAUUAUAAAUUGAAAGAACUAAUAAAAACUAAGAAUUUUUUAAGGAUAAUUUAAUAAAAGAAAUUCCAUUUCUGAUAUAAUUGUCGUGUAUUUAUUAUUUAUCAACAUAUACAUAGUAUACAUGUACAGAGAUUCAUUUUAUUAAACAAUUUAAACACGACACACAGUUCAAUAUAAAGAAUGAAAUUAGUUCAAUAAA